CACCAUACCUCUCUAUCCGAGUUCCUCAGCUACGCCGAUGCUGUACAUCUCUCACCUACAAGCACAGUCUACCGCGGCACCCACUACGAAUACACCGUCGCAAACGCUCUCGAGCGUCUCGCUUUCUCCUUGACCCGUGUCGGCCGUGCUAGCGAUCUCGGUAUCGACCUACUCGGUAGCUGGGCCGUGCCUUCUCAUCCUGCACCUUUGAACGUUUUGAUACAAUGCAAAGCAGAGACACCCAAACCGAGUAUGGUCAGGGAGCUGGAAGGUGCUGUUGUCGGCGCUCCUGCAGCGUACAGAGGAGAGGGCACCAUAUCAAUCCUGGCUGCUGCUAAAGAGGCUACCAAGGGAGUAAGAGAUGCUGUGGGUAGGAGUCGUCUACCCAUGGCUUACCUGAACAUCACCACCGAGGGAAGAAUCAGGCAGUUUGUCUGGAAUCACGCUGCUGUACACUGUGGCUUGGAGAGUGUAGGCGUUGCAUUGAGGUAU